UUACAGCAGCAACUCAAUAAUCUAGAGGCAAUCUUGUUAAUUAUUCAUGGCAACUCCCAUGAUUUCUAGCUCCUCCUUCCUUAGGUUUUUCAUGGCUUUCUUCUCUGUAUUUCUAUGCCUAAUUCUCUGCUCUUUCGAGAACGGAUUUGCUUUGGCAGCAAGAGAUACAAAACCCCACCUUCUGCCACAUACCACUCACACAGUUGAAGUAAACUCUCUUCUACCAGCAAUCACCUGCAGCCCCUCCACCAAAGGUCAUAACAAUAACAAGGCAUCGGUAUUGAAAGUGGUGCACAAACAUGGGCCAUGCUCCAAAUUCCACAAAUCAUCCAAAACUUCAACCACAACUAGUGAUGAAAAAUACCAUGCUCAAAUCCUCGAGCAAGACCAAGCCCGAGUCAACUCAAUCCACUCCCGCCUCAACCACAACAACAACAAAGACCCACUCACCCAAUCCGCCGCCACCACCCUCCCCGCCAAGUCUGGUAUCGUUAUCGGCUCUGGGAACUACAUUGUCACCGUCAGCCUCGGUACACCCGCCAAGCAACUCUCCCUCGUCUUCGACACUGGCAGCGACCUCACCUGGACCCAAUGCCAGCCAUGUUCUGCUACUCAGUCUUGUUACAAACAGACUGAGCCCAUCUUCGACCCUUCUCUCUCCGCCUCAUACAAAAACACCCCAUGUACUACCGCCGCGUGUACUCAGCUCCCAUCCUCCGGCCUCGAACAAAGCUGCUCCAACUCCACCUGCCUUUACAUCGCCGUUUACGGUGACAACUCCUUCUCUAAAGGGGUAUUUGGCAGCGAAAAGCUUACAUUGACCCCUACGGACGUUUUUGAAAGUUUCCUCUUCGGCUGCGGCCUAGACAACGGAGGCCUAUUCAGAGGAUCCGCCGGUUUGCUCGGUCUCGGCAGGAGCAGCAUCUCCUUCGUCGAGCAAACCGCCAAUAAAUACAACCGGUUCUUCUCCUACUGCCUCCCGUCGACUUCCAGCUCCACCGGUCACCUCACCUUUGGUGACGGAGGCUCUCCUAACGGCGUUAAGUUCACGAAGCUCAUCACGUCAUCCCAAAGCGAAAGCGCGUCGUCGCUUUACGGCCUCGGCCUCGCCGGCAUCAACGUCGGUGGGAGCCAGCUGUCGAUUGCGCCCUCGGUCUUUUCGUCUUCUGGAACGAUCAUCGACUCAGGGACGGUGAUCACGCGGUUGCCGGCGACGGCAUACGCCGUGUUGCGGGGCGCGUUUCGGGAGGCGAUGAAGAACUACACGCUGACUAAUGGCGAUUCGUUGCUGGACACGUGUUACGAUUUCAGCGGCUUGAACACGGUGUCAUAUCCGAAGAUAGCGUUUGUGUUUGGGGAUGGACUUACGGUGGACUUGGACGCGACCGGGAUAUUGUUUCAGAUAAGUCCUUCGCAGGUUUGCUUGGCGUUUGCCGGAAACAAGGAUGAUAGUGACGUCGGGAUUAUUGGGAAUGUUCAACAGAAGAGGUUGGAGGUUGUGUAUGACGUGGCCGGAGGAAAAGUCGGAUUUGCCCCUGCAGGUUGCGAUUGAGUAAUGACGUCGUCCAUGGGUAUAAGUGUAAUACAAACAGCUUGCUAGCUUAUAGAAAAAAGCAUUGGGUUACAUAUUUGUGUGUAAUGUAAUUGGACUGGAUUGAGAAAGUAGCCCAAUUCUUAAAUUUUAAUUUUGUCUGUUGUAAGUCGGUGUCUCCUGGUUUUCUUUUUGGGGUUCUU